AAAGUUAAAGCAAUAUAGUUAGCUGUAAUCACGAAGAGCUGGUCUAAAGGCUACUGUUUUGCGGAUUGUGACUGGAUCUCCUCCCGAAAAACGAAUGUGUUUUUCGGGCUGUUACGGUGCGGCAGUAACGCGGGUUUAAGUGUCGGACGGGGGUUAAAGAUGGCUAACCGAGCUAGUGGUAAACAUGCAAAGUCCGUUUGCCGUAGCAAGGCUUCUCGACAGCUUUAGUGAGGAAAUGCUGUAAAAGUACAGUCAUCAAGUCCAGAAAGGUGGCUGGGAUUACACUGGCUGGGUGAACUUUACCUGUGACACCAGUGACUGUAUAAGCAAUAAUCUAAUAUUUUCUCCGAACAUAUUUAUUAAGUACAAUUCUCCAUUUAUUUGAGGCAAACGGUGAUAAACUGACUGCGGCUAACUGCGACAUCUAAUUGAAACGAGAUAUUCUGGAUUUUGUUAAACGCUAGAAGGCGUUUCAGUCCUCGUGAAGGUGAUUUAUGUUGCAAGAUGGUCGCCUGAGUUGAGGCGUUCUUCUGCACCAAACAAAUAUACAUGUAAUUUCCCAUGUUACCUAUAGCAGAUUACAGUGAAACGUUAAACUCUUUACUUGCUUGAAGAGCCAGCAAUUAAUAACUAACACAACAAGAACAAAAAAACCCCCAACAACAACACUUAGUAUCUGAAGAACGAUUCUCUGGGAUUUUCUCAUACUUCUGAAGCUAAAGUGGUGCUCAGUGUAAAAUCGGGUAUUAUAGUGGGUUUAAGACAGCUUAUUGGGUGAUGGGUUAAUUGUAUAUUAAUACAGUUUAAUUGGGUAAUAAGGGAAUUUAAUUUUAUAUUACUACAGUAGUAUAAGGGAGUUUAAUUUUAUAUUACUACAGUUUAAUGGUUCCAUUGUCCUUACAGAGCAGGCUGAAGUUUUCAUUGGGGCCCUGUAAGAAAAUUGACUGGGAACAAUCAGGUUUUAACAUUCUAAUGAAAUAAUAUACAACACGUGAAUAUGUAACACAUUUUUCUUAGUUUUGUUGUUGGAGAAAAUGUUUGCACAUAAAGGGAUAAAGUGGUUGCCUCUCUGGUAUGUGUUGAUCUCUGCACUAAAACAGAAUGGCACCGUGACGCACCACAUUGUACAAAAGGGCUGUUUUUCUUGCUUUUCUUGAUCAACUUUGUGUCUGUAGGUGGUACAAAUAAGAGGAAAAGAAUCAAGUUAGUGAAACAGGUUUGUGAUUUAUAAAGGACUGUAAAUAACAGAUUUGACUCCCUCUGUAAACACUGGAUGGUUUUUACCUGUUCUUCCUCAAUCAGGAACUACAACCCUGACAUCAGCAACUUUGCGUUACCACCCAUUUCAGCAAAGAACAGUCCAAUCAGUUGGAGAGAGCACAGCAGAAACUCUGGAGUUUUUAGGAGCAGAUCAUAAACAUUGUGUGUCAAAAUCUGGCAUGUCAGAAUGAUGCAAAUAAAAGAAGAAAAUCAAGAUGAUGUGGAGCCACGAGUGAAAGCAGAAGUCAAACAAGAGGAAGUAGAUGGAGAAGUUGAAGACAGCAAGCGCAAGUGUUUGGUUGAACUCCUGAAGAAAUCAGAUGAGCAACAUGGAGAAGAGAAUGAUGAACGUGAUUCACAUGAAAAUGAUCAACAGACAGACAAACACGGUACAGGGAAACGGCUCCGUCGUCUCCAGUGCGGGAAGAGUUUUUUGCCAUUUUCUCACUUAAAGGAACACCAGAAAAUACAUACUAAAGAAAAAUCUUACUGCUGCACUCAGUGCGGGAAGAGUUUCAGACAAGUAAAACGCUUAAAAACUCAUCAGCGAAUUCAUACAAGAGAAAAAAUGUAUCGCUGUUCUCAGUGCGAGCAAAGUUUCUCUGAGAUGAAUCAUUUAUGGGAGCAUAAAAAAAUUCACAGUGGGGAAAAACUUCAUCAUUGCUCUCAGUGUGGGAAGAGUUUUGGAGGCGCCCGAAACUUGCAAAUCCACCAGAGGGUUCACACUGGAGAAAAACCUUAUCACUGCUCUCAGUGUGGGAAAAACUUUAGUCAAGCUGGACACUUCAGGAGACAUGAAAGAAUUCACACUGGGAUAAAACCAUAUCACUGCUCACAGUGUGAGAAGAGUUUUGCAGAAGAUCAAACCUUGAAAAUCCACCAGAGGAUCCACACUGGAGAAAAACUUUUUGACUGCUGUCAGUGUGGGAAGAGUUUUGCGCAUGCUGCGAGCUUGAAGAUUCACCAGAGGAUUCACACUGGAGAAACGCCUUAUCACUGCUCUCAGUGUGACAGGAGAUUCACAUGUUCUAGAGGCUUGAGAAGCCACCAGAUGGUUCACACGGGAGAAAAACCAUAUGAGUGCACUCAGUGUGGAAAAACAUUUUCCCAGUUUGGAAAUUUUAAGCAUCACCAGAGAGUUCACACUGGUGAAAAACCUUACCACUGCUCUCAGUGUGACAAGAAAUUUACACAAAGCAGCAACUUAAAGGUCCACCAGAGAAUACAUACUCAGGAAAAACCUCAUCACUGCUUUCAGUGUGGAAAGAAUUUUUCUCGAUUAGAGAACUUAAAGGAGCACCAAAAAGUUCACACAGGAGAAAAACCUCAUCACUGCUCUCAGUGUGGGAAGAGUUAUGCACAGUAUGCAACCUUCCAAAUCCACCUGAGGACUCACACUGGGGAAACGCCUUACCCCUGCUCUCAGUGUGAGAAAAAGUUUUCAUGCGCUAGAAUCUUGAAAGUCCAUCAGAGAAUACACAGUGGAGAAAAACCCUAUCAUUGCACUCAGUGUGGGAAGAGUUUUGCACAUGAUAGUACCUUCAAAAACCACCAGAGAGUUCACACUGGAGAAAAACCUUAUCACUGCACACAGUGUGGAAAGACAUUUUCACAAAAUGCUCACUUAAAGACGCACCAAAAAAUACACGCUAGAGAAACACCUAAACACUAGUGUGGCACAAAUGUAUUGCACAAGAAGACAAGUUAGAACACAAAACCACAAGCCUUUCAUUUGUUGGAAUGUUAUAGGCCUUUAUGAAUGUUAUAUAGACAGUUGUAAGUAUUUUUGAAAGAAUGUAUAUUUUAUGUUUUUAUUGCUGUAAAAAUAGUUAUUGCAGAAUCUUUUUAUGGACAGUGUAUUACAGAACACUGUUAAUCAUUUAAUAUGCAAACAUAUCGAUAUAACAGGCGCCUGAUCCAUCCCGGGUCUAUGGAUCACUUUACAGUUUAUUCUGUUUUUGUUUUCUCGCAUGCCUGGUUGAAUUGAGCAGUUCAUUUCUUUAGCCCUUAAUGUGUUGGAACAUUCUGCGUAACGCAAUCGGACCUUUCGGUCUCUCAUGAUGGCAUGCCAAGGAUGAAGAUUGCUGUUCAUUGUAAUAGGUAGCAUUAUGUUUUUUUAGUUGUUGAAAUUUGUGCGUUAAAUUAAGCGAUUCAUUAAAUGGUUGCAUUACAUUUUAACAUCAACACGAUCAUCCAUGCUGAAUGUGUCUACAGUUCUUUGUAUUCACAGCAUAGAAGUGUUAUACAAUAUUUAAAUAUUUAAACUGUUUUAAUAUACAACAACCUCCACCUGA